AUGUCGUCAAAUGUAUUGAAGAGUUUGAACGAUAACUCGGAGGACAAGACCCGCGACGGACACCAAAAGGCCACUAAAGCGCACAAACUUCGGUCGAAGAGCGCAUCCAUCGCCACAACAACCACAACGACAACGACAGGCCGUGUGGGCGGCGGACGGCGUGGACAGCGUUGCGGUCUCUUCGCGGACAUAAUCUCGUCGGCCGUUUGGCUGAAUGACGUGCGCGCACACAGACGUGAAGACAUCGAUGCCGUACUCGUGAUGGCCAACAAACACAUGAUCGACGGUUGCGAUUGUGUCACACUUUGCGUCACUCUUAUACUCAUAGGAAACACUCAUUUCGAGACAUUUCUCUUCAAUCUGAAGGAGUUUGAGACCAGAGUUGCCGCGCAAGAAGACGCCAACACAGCAGCCGUCGCUCCGCAGACCACCGCCUCUGAAGCGGACAAACGCGAGGACACUUCAGGAGUGGUGAACGAUAUUCCCGUCCAUAAGGACAGCAAAUUAGAGGCGAAUGUGAUGUUGGGUUUGGUUAACAUGAAGAAUAUGAAGGAUCUGUUGGCGCCGAUGGACGAGGCGGUAGAGCACUGGAGCCGAGCCUUUAAGUUGAGUUUGAAAAGUCAUAUACUGACUGAAGAGUCGGUGAUUGGGUUUAAGCUGUACUACAACUUGUCGUCAGUCAUUCAUAUCUAUAACUUCUAUAAGCGCUUCGAGGCCUCACUUCGGGCCGCGAAACUGAUGAAUGAUUUUUGUCAAUACUAUUCACACAAAUACUCGGAAAUUAGUUUGACAGCCAAUUACUACUUGGUUAAGGCUUACAUCCAAUUGGGCGCCGUAUCUAAAGCCACCGCCUCUUUAGCUCCGUUGAGACCAUCGAGCGUUUCCGCCGACCAAUCAAUGCCCGAGACGUUGGGAACUUCACUCAAUCUGUUGGCCAAAUGUGAAGUGGAUUUACUCAAUGGUCGCACAGAAAAGGCGGCGAAGUCUUUACAACUCUAUCUCGCAUCAGAUUAUCUGCAAAAGUUGACUAUAAAUCGUUAUUAUGUGAAAGCGUUGUCUCUUUUAAUGGCCACUAAACUGCCGGCAAAACACUUCAAUUACUCGUUAAACUUCAGAGAAUUCUUAGAACCGAUUCAGAUGUCUGUCUGUAUACUGAAGAGAUGGCAUCCGUGGCUCUCAACUACGGUCAGAGCCAAUAAUGAGAACCAAGUGGUGAAUGCGGCCGAUUUGGACCCGCUUUGGUAUAAGUACGGAGUGAUGACCUUUGCCUUCGACGCCCUCUCUUUGGCCACUGAUUUCUAUACAAACGUUGAGAUUCCCAUCGAUUCCUUCUAUUACUACAACUCUCUCAUAAAAUUAGGCCGACGUUAUUGUGCGACCGUUCGUCUUUCAGAAGUACUGCUCAUUGGUUCCCAAUUGGAUGCCAUUUGUGAUCACAAAUAUUCAGCGCAAACAAAGCUAAACAACGCUUCUCUGUGUCUGCAAUCAACGCAUUACUCAUCGGAUUCGACGCCUGUAUUUGCCGGCGAUUCUUCUGAGUCCACAACUACUUGUGAAGUGAAGCAUUCAAUCGAUGGACAACACAUCCCUCAAACUGAUCCAGAAAUUGAUAUAAAGUCAACUCAAUGUUCAUCUAAUUUGAAUUCCUCGAUACGCGAAGAUUGUGAACACAAACACUCCACUAAUCCCUGGGAAAUGAAGAGAAGAUUGAGAAAUAUUGACAAUUCUUUGUCUGAUUCUGAAGACUAUUCUUCCAAUAGAAAAAAGCCGUCAAUUGAUUUGCAGACAUUGAUCGAUGAAAAUAGUUUUCAAGAAAUACUGGAUUUAGUCAUAACGUCGAUUGAAAUUGAUUUCUAUAAGCUUUUGUUGGAUGAAAACGACGCCAAAUACAUAAUAAAGCAAAUAAAAGGCGUUCACAUGAAUUGUCUCGAGAAUUAUGCUUCCAAUGUAUUGAAGCCAAGGAUAGAGGAAUUAAUGGACGAAACGUCACAAGAAAUUGUCGACAAUUAUCCCAUAUAUAGACUCUUAAAGUUUAAAUUAGUUGAAAAGAUUGCGAGCCUUGAAGUGGAGCUCAAAGAAUAUGAAGACGCCGUCAAUACAUGUCUUAAUAUUACUGCUUAUCCAACCUAUACUUAUGGCGAGCGUCUCAUCGUUUCAAACCUCAUGUAUUUGGAAGCGUUGUCUAAAUUUGAGUUAUAUUUAUGUAAACGUAAUAUUAAUAGCGAUAAGCUAUGGAUUGAAUUCAAUCAUAACUAUAUGGAGUGUUCGGACGCUUCGGCAUCGGCUCUGUCGCAAGCCUUAACCCCUCCCAGACCUCAAGCUAUGAAAGCUUUAGCCCCGAAGGCUCCCAAACAGAAAGCCUUUAAGAACGAAGAGAUGAAUGAUUACGUAACGGCUCUCACAAACAAAUUGUACGACGAGUUAAAACCCGAUCAAAAGACAGCAAAACUUUUUGAUAACGAUUCAGAAAUGCGUUCGUUUUCAAUGUCGGACUUGAACUCAACGGCCACUGAAAAGGCAGUCGAUUCUGAUAUUAUAGUUGUGGACGUCUUCUCCAAAGACAAACCCAAUCCAAACCCGACGCCCACUAAGCGUAUGACGCGUUCAAAAACAAAGCUCAUUGAAAAUGUUGAGAAACCACUGAAGACCACAAAGAGAAGAGCUCUGUCCUCAAAAAGCAAGCCUUUGAGUGAUGUGUCAAACGAUGUCAAAGAUUUGAAUAUAAAUUAUGAGAAUUUGGACGACGUUUUUCACCAAAAACUCGUCAUUUCAGAUGAGGUCAAAGUUGUUAAGAAGUUCUCGAAAGAGGAUUCGUUUGACUUGUCGUCAAUCAUAUCAACACUUAAGCGAAUAUUUCGUUUGGUGUCUUCACACCCGAGUUGUAAACUCUAUACUUCUGUUCACAAACUGUUGUCACAAAUAUAUUCUAUGGAAGAGUUGAAGAAUGAAGAUAUUGUUGGCUAUCAUUACAGCGAAACCAAUGAUUCUAACUAUCGGUACAGAAAUCUAUUCAUCGCCGAAAAGAAGCGCAAAUUGAAUCGAUUGGUUAAAUAUGACUUGAAAUGUAUUGCAUUUGAUCCGCAAAUCAUUGGUUCAAACAAUUCGUACAAAACAUAUACCGAUAGUUUGCCAAACGAUUGGCGAAUCAUUCAGUUCUCAACAGUGAAUACGGAUUCAAAAAUUCCCGAAUUAAUGGUUUGUCGGUUUCAGAAGAAUUGCAGACCUGUUUUCCUCAAGAUUAAGGCCGACCCAAACAGGAUAAUCAAACACUUUAUGACACAUUUUGCGGAAAUCAUCGAAAGAUCGAACGCAUCGAUCGUUAAUAAAGAUAAGGAGACCUUUUGGAGACUCCGGUACUCUCUGAACGACGAGCUCAUGGUUUUGUUGCGAAGCGUUGAGGAGACCUGGUUUGGGGCCUUUCGGGGCAUUCUUUUCGGACAAAUUAUGAACAAAAACUAUAGGAAAAUGUGCACAACUUUGAGCUCAUAUAUCAAUGUUUACGCAAAAAGCGAUGGUCUCUGUUGUAAGAGUGAAGGGCUGUUGGAUGUGAUGGUCGAGUCGCUGCCGUCCCUUAAAUACUGUGAAUAUAAGACAGCAAUGAAAACACUAUUCACCACACCUUCAGACGCUCUCAUUACUAAGUGUUUUGAAAAAUACGAACAACUAUUUACUGAUUGUUUCCCCAUUGAUAACAAAGAACUGGUUUUUACAACAUAUGGCUUAUCACCCGUUGGUUUGAUUCUCGAUAAAUCCCUCGAAGCAUUUCCAUUGGAAUCCCUGCCAUCGCUUCAGACAUACAAUCAAUCGCUAUUCAGAACCCCUUCACUCCGAAUACUUUCUCUAAUGUAUAAUACAUUUAAGGAUAAUAUAUACAGCAAUGGUGUGGACGAGAAGAGUGUGUAUUAUGUCAUAAAUCCUGCCGACAAUUUGGAUAAGACUCAGGAGUAUUUCAAAGAGUCGUUUACAGCAAUGAAGGAGUGGAAUGGAGUGAUAGGACGAGUGCCUCCUCCGCAAGAAUUGAAGAACGCUUUGGACUCGAAGGACGCGUACAUAUUCUUCGGUCACGGGGCCGGCGCUUCCUAUUACCGGGCGAUACCCGAAGGUCUGGACGGCUGUAGCGUUAACUGCGCUUCUGUAGUGAUGGGUUGCAGUAGUGGUAAACUGUUUUCUGACGGCAAACACUUGCAAUCGUAUGGAACUCCGUAUCGGUUUAUGAUGAACGGCAGUCCCUGUUAUGUGGGAGUCCUUUGGGACGUCACCGAUAAAGAUAUCGACAAAUUCUCCGAUCACUUACUCAGCCAUUGGUUCUCCAAUUGGAAACGAGACUCAAAUGUCGCCAAACGUGAGACUAAUAUGUCUAUAGCGUCGGCCGUCUCGUUGUCCCGAAAGUCCUGUAGACUUAAGUAUUUGAUUGGAGCGGCGCCUGUAGUCUAUGGGUUACCCCUUUGCGCUAAAAUUGAUAAAAAUGAGUCCAAUUAACGCAUUCUUACAAAUGUUUUUAAAUAUCACAAAUAUUGUCAGUAUUUUUCUAUUGUUAUAUCCAAUAAAAGUGAUUAGAUUUUACUAUUUUAUAUAUCAAAAU